ACCGCUCCCUCCUCCUUCCCUGCCCGCAAAAAUGAAUCCCGGUCCCAGACGAACAGUAUCUGAAUCUGAAUUCUGAAUGAACUUUUCCACGUGAGCUCCAAAUAGGCGGCAACGGGAGCACCCGCACGCAAAAGCCGGAACACUCCGACGCCGCGUGGCUUGAAAGAACAUUUCCACACUUCCACCGGUGAUUGAACGAGCCUGAUAGAAUUAGUACAGAACCGUGAGAUCGAGAUCGAGGAGCAACGCCGACGCCCAGCUAGGUAUUAGACGAGAAGCCAGGAGAGGAUCGGCUGGUCUGAGCGCACCAUGGCCUCCCACGGGGCUCUUCCGAUCGCCUUCGCGGUCCUCCUCUGCUCGAGCUUUCUUCUCACCCAGUGCACAGUCGUCGCGGCCUCUGUCUCGUCGUUGUCCUCGCACGAGCAAGAGCAAGAGCAGGAAAUCCGGAGGCUCAGGUCCAAGGUCGCGUCGCUGGAGGAUGAGGUGAGCGGCAGGAAGGAGGAGACGUCGCAGCUGGAGAGCCUCGUCAGGGAGAAGACGGCCCAGAUCGCGGCGCUGGUCGGCGGGCUAGAGGUCUUGCAGGUGACGAAUGUGGCCGACGAUGAGUCGGUGAUGAAGGCGAGCACGAACAGCGCGAUGCUCGAGGAACAGAUAGAGAGGCUGGGCAAUGAUUUGGAAGACCAAGUUAAGAAGGGGGAGUCGUUGGAAGCCCGGGCUAGCGAAGCAGAGAAAAGCCUGCUUGAACUUGGUCAGAAGUUGGAGCAUGUUGAGAAGAUCAAUAUCGAGCAGAGGAAGAAAAUCGAGGAGCUGGAACAUCAUCUUCAGAAUGCAGAGGGACAGCUUUCGGAAGGGCAAACAGAAGCAAAAUUGAAGGCUGAAGAGUUAGCGAUGGAUCGUGGCAUGUGGCUUCCAUACUGGUUCGCUUCGCGUUCUGAACAUUGUCAGGAAUUAGCAUCUGUCAAAUGGCGCCUCCAUGGGAAACCUGCGGUCGAUGCUUUGAUGCAGAAGGUAGUUAGGACAUUGACACAUGCUCAAAGAUUAGUGGAGCCACAUUUGCAGGCAACACAGAAUGUUCAGGAAGGAAUCAGGCGCUUCCUGCUGGACAACGAGCUGCUGAAGCUGAACCCACUUUCAGCUCAUCGGCUCGCGUGGUGGACGGCUUCAGCUGCCUUGUUCGCGCUACCGGUCUACUUCGUGUACAAGAUCUUCUCGGCCACGAUCUGGAAGAAGAUUCAGGCGAGGGGUAACAGAGGCAGAGGAGGCAGGUUUUCUAGACGCAAGCCCGCCCGCAGAGUGGGCAAGUAGGGGAGGGAGAACCGGAGACGAGUCGCGACCCACGAGCUGGAUUUCCCGAGAUGAGGCUGAACGGUGGAAAGCUUUCUUCCGUGUAGAAUCCUUGACCACGAUCAGGGACGAACCUCGUCGACGCUACUUACGUACGGCGGCAACAGUGUAAACACCGUCAGGCUGUGCAUACACGUAUAAUACGCGUACGGUAUUAUUGUCUAGCUACGAGUGCGACGUUUUGUAUACGUUAUGUCACGUUUGCCUAACUAAUGGCCUACUCGAUCUCUUGGCGCCGGCUUUGCCGUGCGACGCAGGCCUUCUUAA